AUGGCCCCCAAAGUUUACUUUUCUCCUAGCAAAUUCCUCAUCUACGCCUGUCUUCUGCUGUUCUCUGUGCUACUGGCCCUUCGUCUGGAUGGCAUCAUUCAGUGGAGUUACUGGGCUGUCUUUGCUCCAAUAUGGCUGUGGAAGUUAAUGGUCAUUGCUGGAGCCUCAGUUGGAAGUGGAGUCUGGGCACGAAAUCCUCAAUAUCGAACAGAAGGAGAAACGUGUGUGGAGUUUAAAGCCAUGUUAAUUGCAGUGGGCAUCCACUUGCUGCUGUUGAUGUUUGAAGUUCUGGUCUGUGACAGGAUGGAGAGAGGAAGCCACUUCUGGCUUCUGGUCUUCAUGCCACUGUUCUUUGUUUCCCCGGUGUCUGUUGCAGCUUGUGUUUGGGGCUUUCGACAUGACAGGUCACUAGAGUUAGAAAUCCUGUGUUCUGUCAACAUUGUCCAAUUUAUAUUCAUUGCCUUAAGACUGGACAAGAUCAUCCACUGGUCCUGGCUUGUGGUUUGUGUCCCCCUGUGGAUUCUCAUGUCCUUCCUCUGCCUCGUGGUCCUCUACUACAUCGUGUGGUCUGUCUUGUUCUUGCGCUCGAUGGACAUGAUUGCAGAACAGCGAAGGACGCACAUCACAAUGGCGCUGAGCUGGAUGACUAUUGUCGUGCCUCUUCUUACUUUUGAGAAAAGUGAGAAGCUGGGGGGCCCAGCCACCGAAUCCCCCCCAACACUUGGCCAGGGCUCAAUCUCCAGACUGGCCGUGAGCCACCUAUGUGACAUCACAUGA